GUGCAUCUUAUCAAGAACUGUUUCCUAGUACCUGAGAUUAUGGCUACUGCUGAAAAUCAAACUGGCAAUUUUACUCGACGAGACAAACUCGUUGAAUACGAAUUGACAGCCCAAAAGAAGUGGGAGGAUGCCCACGUGUAUGAGCGGAAUGCACCCGAGGAGGGCGAUGGUCCGGAACACUUUAUGGUCACAUUUGCUAUCCCUUAUAUGAACGGAAUGUUGCAUCUUGGUCAUGCCUUCUCACUCACCAAGGCUGAGUUCGCUGUCCGUUAUCAGUCGCUGAAGGGCAAGAAUGCACUCUUCCCGUUCGGUUUCCACUGUACUGGUAUGCCUAUCCAAGCUGCUGCUGGUAACCUCAAGAGAGAGUUGGCCCAUGCAUUGGAGAGCGAAGAUGAGGCCAGUGAUCCCGAGAGCUCCGAGCAGGGGCAGCAGACCUCUAGUGAAAGUGCGGCAGCCUCGCUGGAGCGGAAAGCAGUGGGUAUUUUCCACUCGAAGAAGUCUAAGACGAAGGCAAAGACCGGCGGCCUGAGCCAAAUUGAAAUAUUGAAGAGCAUGGGGAUUCCGGAUGAGGAGAUCCCUAAGUUUUGCGAGCCCCAGCAUUGGUUGGAGUACUUCCCUCCUCUGGGCCAGCGUGAUCUCAAGCGUUUUGGUGUUGCUGUUGAUUGGAGGCGUAGCUUCAUCACUACUGACGCCAACCCCUUCUUUGAUGCCUUCGUGCAGUGGCAAUUCCGUCAUUUGAAGGCCGGCAACCGCCUGGCUUUCGGCAACCGCCCUACUAUCUAUUCCAUUCGUGAUGGCCAACCCUGUGCUGAUCAUGAUAGGGCCUCUGGAGAAGGAGUGAACCCUCAGGAGUACACUCUUAUCAAGAUGGGUGUACAAGAAGUGAAGCCUGAGUGGAACACUGGUGACAAUAAGGUUUUCUUUGUGGCCGCCACCUUGAGACCUGAGACCAUGUACGGUCAGACCAACUGCUUUGUACUGCCUACAGCACAAUACGGUAUCUUCCAGAUGAACAACGGAGAGGCGUUCAUCUGCAGCUAUAGAUCGGCGUUGAAUAUGGUCAUGCAGGAGCUAGGACCGAAGACCAAGAAUGAGGAUGGAGAAGAUUGCCCAGUCCAGUUGGCUACCGUGAAGGGCUCGGACCUUCUUGGUACGCCGUUGAGCGCCCCUCUUGCCAAGUACUCGACCGUCUACGCCCUGCCCCUCCUGACUAUCAGCAUGGGCAAGGGUACUGGCAUUGUGACGUCUGUCCCUGCCGAUGCUCCGGAUGAUUAUGCGGCUCUGAAGGACUGGAAGACGAGGCAGAACUGGCGUGACCAGUACGGAGUUAAGGAGGAGUGGUGUGUGCCCUUUGAGGUCGUCCCAAUUAUCCGUAUUGAAGACAUGCCAGAGUGGGGUGAUGAGGCUGCAGUAUAUCUGUGCGAGUCUAUGAAGAUCGAUUCCCAUAAGCAAAAGGAUAAGCUCACAGAGGCGAAGAAGCUGUGCUACAACAAGGGCUUUUACCAGGGCAAAAUGAUCAUCGGUCCUUAUGCUGGGAAGACAGUGCAAGAGGCCAAGCCCUUGGUGCGUAAGGACCUCAUCGAUGCCGGUUUGGCCAUCAAAUACUACGAGCCCGAGGGACUGGUGGUCAGCAGGUCUGGUGAUGAAUGUGUUGUUGCCUAUUGUGAUCAAUGGUACAUACGAUAUGGUGAGGAGGAGUGGAAGAACAAGGUCCUCGACCAUGUGCAGAAUCAUUUCGAGACGUUCAACCCUAGCAGUUUGAAUCAGCAGAUCAGCGCUAUUGAGUGGUUGAAGAAUUGGGCGUGCUCUCGCAACUUUGGUCUUGGUACCCGCCUACCAUGGGAUAAGCGAUGGAUCAUCGAGAGUCUGUCGGACUCCACUAUCUACAUGGCCUACUACACCAUUGCUCAUCUACUGCAAGGAGGUGUUCUUGAUGGCUCGGGUGAGCAUCCUCUUGGUAUUGACGCUGAGCAGAUGACUGAUGCUGUGUUCGACUAUAUCUUCGACCUCGCUGAUGAGCCCCCAGCGGACUCUGCUAUCUCUCGCGAGAGUCUCGAUAAGCUUAAGAGGGAGUUCAACUACUGGUACCCUAUGAGUCUGAGGUGUAGUGGUAAGGACUUAAUACCCAAUCACUUGACCAUGUGCUUGUACAGCCAUGCAGCUAUUUGGGAGGAUCGUCCGGACCUUUGGCCUGAGGCCUUCUUCACCAAUGGACAUGUGAUGGUGGAUGAUGAGAAGAUGUCGAAGUCUCGCGGCAACUUCCUCACGCUUGACCAGGCCUGCGGGGAGUUCUCGGCUGAUGCGACUCGUCUGGCCUUGGCUGAUGCUGGUGAUGGGCUUGAGAAUGCCAACUUCAAGAGGAAGACUGCUAACGACAGUAUCCUCGCCCUCACCACAUUUGAUAACUGGGCUACAGAGGUCACGACUAGCCCUAUUGAGCUCGCCAAGGAACGUGAUGGAGAAUAUACAUUCGUGGACAAGUGCUUUGCCAACGAGUUGAAUAGGCUCAUUAAGGAGGCUGAUGCUGGAUACUCCAAGAUGAUGAUGAGGGACGCACUCAAGGCUGGCUGGUUCGACAUGCAGAACCUCAGGGACCAAUACCGUGUCCUAACCGAUGGCUCUAUGCAUCGUGACCUAUUGAGGCGUUACAUCGAGGUCCAGGCUUUGGUAAUGGUCCCCAUCACCCCCCACUUCUGUGAGCACAUUUGGAGCGAUAUACUACAUAAGGAGGGUCUGGCCGUCCAGCAGUUGUGGCCUGAGGUUGAUGCUCCUUUCGAUGAGUCCCUUGGCCGACAGUAUAAUAUGCUGCAGUCCAAUCUUCGUGAGUUCCGUCUGGAGCUCCAGAAGCAUAUGCAGCCCAAGAAGAAGGGUCCUGCGCCCGUUGCUCCUACUGAUGCUGUGAUCUAUGUCACGAAGGAGUACAAGCCUUUCCAGCAGACUUGUCUGAAGGUGCUCAGUGAAGUCGAGCUCGAUGAGAAUAAUGAGCCGGUCGACAAGAAGUUUAUGGGUAACUUCUUCAAGGACCAUCCUCUCAUCAAGGUCCUGUCAAAGCAGGAGAAGGGUAUGGCCAUGAAGUUCGCCCCUUUCCAUAUGCAGACUGAAGUGAGGACCAAGGGCAAGGCUGCAUUGGCCCUCACGUUGCCCUUCGAUGAGACCAGGAUGAUCGAGGAUCAGAAGGGGCUCAUCAAGAAGCAGCUGGGUUUGCCUGGUGAAGUUGAGGUGAGGGAUGCUGCUGAGGACUCGGCAAUAGACAAGAACAACCGAAGGGCUACCGGUGCCCCUGGCAGGGCUGUCAUUGUUUUCUAUGCUAAGGAUUCCACAGAGUAGAUACUGUUAGUGUAAUUGCGAUUCUGUCACUCGUUUUCCUACUGUGGU